GUUUACACCGAAUCGGAGGUGGCUUAUCUGGUAUCUAAUCGCCGUCAUGUAGCGCGCUCGCCAGCUCGCCACCUGCCAGUCGCAGUUAAAUACUCCGCAGCAGGGGUGCCGUACGGUGUCGAUGUGUCGACUGUGACAUCGCGGGAGAGACCGAGAGAGCGGACCGAGUGUACCGAGAACGUGGGGAUGGCAGCGAAGAUCGACGGCGACGAACGACCGCAAUGCAACAAAUUUUCACAGGGCAUUGAGGUGUUCGCCAAUUUGAAAAAUGCGCAGACCUUCGCCCUAGAUAUCGGACUAUCUUUAACCAAAAUUGCCUAUUGCUCAACAGUAAGUUAUCGCCAGUUACUUUAUGAGGAUGCAGAAGAUCCACCGAACAGUGAAGAACCAACGAGCAUGGUAUUCGAUAGUAACAGACUGCAUAUCGUUAAAUUUGAGACUAAACAUAUCGAGAAGUGCUUAGAUUUGGUCAAGAAAAAUUUAGUGGACGUUGAACGAUUUCGUGGGAAGAGUAUUAAAGUUACCGGAGGUGGAGCGUUAAAAUAUACUCCGUUGCUGCAAGAAAAACUAGGAUUAUUAGUCGACAAGGAAGACGAAAUAGGCUGUCUGAUAAAGGGAUGCAAUUUCUUGCUUAAAAAUAUACCAUUCGAAGCAUUUGAAUACCACCGACAUAUGACUCCAGAAUAUGAAUUUCAAAAAGUUGGACCUAACAUAUUUCCAUAUUUGCUGGUUAAUGUCGGUAGUGGCGUCAGUAUUCUUAAAGUGGAAUCAGAUGACGUAUUUAAAAGAGUCGGAGGUACAGCUACAGGAGGAGGUACAUUUUGGGGAUUGGGGUCAUUACUUACGAAAAGAAAGGACUUUGACGAAUUGCUGCAACUUGCAGAAGAAGGAGAUCACCGUAAUGUAGAUAUGUUAGUGAAAGAUAUUUAUGGAGGUGAUUGUUCUUCCCAAGGUUUACCUGGCGAACUCAUCGCAUCAGCUUUUGGCAAAGCGAUGACUUCGAGGCAAUCAAAAUUUUCUGAUGCUGAUCUUGCAAGGAGCUUACUGUUCACCAUUAGCAAUGAUAUUGGACAUAUAGCUAGUUUGUAUGCGACCGUUUACAACGUGAACAAAGUUUACUUUGGUGGUUAUUUCCUUCGUAACCAUCCACUAUCAAUGCACACCAUCUCAUACUCUAUCAAAUAUUGGUCUCAUGAUAAGGUAACACCUCUCUUUCUUCGCCAUGAAGGUUACCUUGGCGCGAUUGGGGCGUAUUUGUACGGUACCGAACAGAUAGACAAGUGUAGCUGGUUGGAAAGUUACGCCGGGUCAUCGAAUUUUAAAGAUUCGGUGUCAACCGAUCUUGGAAUUAAAGUCGAUCAAUUGGAAAUUAAUCAAGUAGAGUACGCUGUUACAUUCUGUCCACUGUUGAAAGAUCCCGCAACUUACAAUCCCGAUACCACAGAUCUUACUCAGGAUAAAGCAGCAAAAGACUAUUGGUUGCUAUGUCUUAAACACUCUAUAAAUAAAUUUACGAUGAAGGCCAUUUCCAGCCAACCGCACAAUCCGACGGCAAAAGACAGAGGAAUCAAAUUAAAGGAGCAAUACAUUAACAAAUUACAAUAUCUUCGCGAGCAACCAUCCGCAUACGGACCACUUACGGUUAGAAUAUUAUUGGAUAUGGUCGGGUACUACAUGAAAGAAUUCGAUUUCCCAGAUCCCUAUUUACCUCAAAAAAGAAAGGAGAACGAAGAAGCACUGAAGCAUUUACAUGAUCGCAUAACUGCUCUAGACAAGUUUGAAGGUGCAGAUAAGAUAACAGCCUUGAUUCUUGGAGUUCUCGGUGGUAAUAUGUUUGAUUGGGGUGCUAAAGAUAUUGCAGUGCUAUUGGAAAACGAUAAUUUGGACUUUGAACGAGCACAAGAGAAAAUUCCAGGCAGACCGUGGCUACAAGAUAAUUUAGAUGAAUGGGUGCACAGAUUACAAAAUGGGCCACCUCACAAUUGUGCAGCCAUCUUUGUCGAUAAUAGCGGGGCAGAUAUAAUUCUUGGAAUCAUACCAUUUGCUCGAGAUUUGUUGCAACGAGGGACUAAAGUAAUAUUGUGCGCUAAUUCUAAGCCAGCUCUGAAUGACGUAACGUAUCCUGAAUUGGUCAUCAUAUUACGGGACAUUGCGAAAAUCUGUAAUGUUAUCAAACAGGCACUAGAAGAUAAUACUCUUAUUGUUAUGGAAACCGCGCAAACGGGUCCUUGUCUAGAUCUUAGCCGUCUGAAUUUGGAUCUAUGCGUUGCAAUGGUGAAGCACAACGUGGAUCUUAUACUCAUCGAAGGAAUGGGUAGAACUUUACACACGAAUUUUCAUGUUAAGAUGAAGUGCGAGUGUCUGAAAUUGGCGAUCGUAAAGAAUCAAUGGCUGGCGUACCGUUUCGGUGGCAGUAUGUAUGCUGCGAUAUGCAAAUAUGACCAACCACCGUCAAAGACCAGCAGUUACGAUAUCGAAAUGAAACCGGAGGCGGUAAAAGAUGAUUGCCCGGCGCGACAUACAGGCGAGGCAACAGAACUUAACACAUGCGACUAUCCUAACGAUAGAAAUACAAAUGAAAUGUCAGUGUAAAACGAGCAAUAUAUGAUUAUUUCUAGACAACAAUAUAGCACAUUGCCUUCCGAGAAAAGAGAAAACUUAAAGAGUUACGCGCAAAUACGCUUAAAUUUUAGAAAUAUAACCGAAUCUGCACUGGUGUUUAGAAACAUACAGACGAAAUGUGAUGUGAUUCAUCAGAUAAUUAUGCGUGUAAUACAAGAGAUUAUUAAAAUAAUUUAAUUUUCUUUAGUUUUUUUAUGUUAUAACAAUCACACGCGAAAGUUUGUAUUUACUGUAUUACUAGUAUAUUAUUUUUCCUACAUUUUCAAAACAUUACUGUUAAUUUUACCAUCUGUCUUACAAAUUCAAGAUCUUUUAACAAUAAUCUAAAUAUUAAGAUUUAAAUUACGCAAAUGAAAUUCUAUACAAUCCGUCUCAUUGAUUACAUAACCGAAGAAUAUUACUUUCUUUUACCAUAUUUAUGUAUGUUAAAUAAAACUAGCAAAAUUUUGCAAAGCAAAUGUUCAUAAAGCGUUCAGAAAUUAUAAAAUGUUCUGUAUCUUAUUAUUUGAUAACUUUCUAAUUGUGAAUUAAUAACUUAUCGCAAUAUACGCUUGAUCAAUCUCGUCCACACAGUUACACGAUUAACAUUUACUUUAUUUUUUACCGAAAGGCUAAGAUUAUCAAUGUACAUAAACAAGCAUGUCUGAACUUUACAUUAAUGUAAAUGACUAAAAUCGUUAUAUAAACAAUUGGUUAAAGACAAUAAAACAGUUUUUUAUAAUAUAAUUUGCAGUUACCAUAAUUAUUAAAAUAGUUUUUCUACGUUAAUUUGUAAAUACAAAAUCUCUGCAGUACAUAUGUAUAAAAUACUGCAUAGUCAUUUUCUGUGAUACUACAAUACACAAAGGAAAUAUAAUAUAGCGAAUGGCAAACUACAAGACAUUUCUUGAUGCUAUAAUAGUAAUGUAAAAUUAUAUUUUAUAAUAAUUCGAAUAAUUAUCUGGGGUAAAGCAAAAAUUUAUUCGAUAUUAUGUUUCCGUAGAGAAUCCGAAAAUGAAAGCAUUGUUUUAUGCAUAAAUGUGUCCUAGAUUUAAUGAACUAAUGAAAUAUGGAAAUAGUGAAACAAAAAGUGGAAAAGUAGAUAGAAGUUCCAUAAGUUUUGUGGGAUUAGUUCUAAUGAGAUUAAUGAGUUCUAAGUUAAAUCUAUUAAUUCUGUCAAAUUGGGGAUAUGACACAUCCUGUAAAAGCAAUCUUUUGACGCGAUAAAUAUAAUUCUAGCCAUCUCUGUACAUAUGUAAUAAAAUGUAUAUAUAAAAGAUUGUAAGCAAUAUACAGUGUAGAUAUACAUAUAUGCAUAUAUGCAAUAUUUCAUUUUUUUUACGUGCAUUGUAAAUCGAGUAAUUGUCGAGAAUCUGUACAGCGUAUGUACACAGAGUAUCCGUUAUUAAACUAAAUAUAUAUUUUUCUUUCAACAUAUGUUAACGCCUAAGAAAAUUACGCGUCGUAUCUAUUAUUUUCGCGAGUAUGCGCAAAUUUCAAGAACUGAAAUUAUUUUAGUCGUCUCUUCCUGUUAUGGCAAUAAACAAAUAAAUGCAAUGACAUU